GGACCGGUCCCUUGGGCCACCAGAUGGCAGCUUUCGUUCAGAGCUAUGGCUUGCAGCUGUUGGACCGGAGCGGCAAAGACUUUGAUGCGCAGCAACUGACAUCCUCCGAUGUCAUCGCGUUCUAUUUCUCUGCUCAUUGGUGUCCUCCAUGCCAGCAUUUCACGCCUGUUUUGAAAAAAUUUUACGAUACUCUUCACUCAAUUGGCGAACGCUCGUUGAAGAUCAUCUUCGUGUCCAGCGAUAAAUCAGAGCCCGAGAUGUGGAAGUACAUGUACGAGGCACACGGUGAUUGGCUGGUGCUGAAAUAUGCUUCCACGGAUCUGAAAGAUCGAUUGUCCAGACAGUUUCAGGUCUCUGGUAUACCACAGCUGAUUGUGAUUGACGCUGUUGGGCGGCAGGCAGUGAGAGAUGCACGACAAGAUGUCAUGGGGGCAUCCUCCUCCACGCAGGUUCUGACCACCUACCACACUUGGAAGACUGCAGCUGGAGCAACUUCCGCGCCACAGGCGGAUUCGGUCGCUCAGCUUCCGUUUGGAGCUCGAGUUCUCAUCCGCGGGCUGCAGGGCAAGCCAGAGAACAACGGUUUGGAAGGAGUUGUUCAAAGUUUCGAUGCCUCCCAAAGAAGAUAUGUGGUGAACGUGGCCGAAAGGUCGUUGUCCCUGAAAGCAGCGAAUCUGUUGCAACUUCUGAAACUUCAGGUGAAAACCAGUGAGGAGCCACACGAGGAGGAUCCGUGGAAUGAAGCCGAAGUGGCUGAAUUUGAUGAGGAAACAGGAGAUUUGCUCUGCAGCAUUUCGGGUUCCGAAAAGGUGAAACGCCGCUUGGAGCCUGCGCAACUGCGCCUGAGUUCUGGAGCUCUUGUGGCAGCUGCUGCCUUAGGAGUGCAUGGCCUCAAGGGUGGCAAAGAAUGGAACGAACAGAAUGGCAAGGUCGUUGACUUUGACGAAACCACCCAGAGGUAUACUGUACAGAUGACUUCCGACAAGAGCAUCAAGAUCAAAAUGGAGAACAUGCGUCUUUGUCCAUUAGCCUGAGUCACGGGUGAGACCUACUGGUGUUGCAAAAUCGACAAGAGUCAUGCUUCUUCCUCUG